AAAGUAUCAAAAUUCGGCUACAAGGGAGGAUCUUACCAAUACAACAACUAGUGUACAUAUUGUGCACCGUCCCAGGCUUUCAUUUGUAUAUUUUGUUAGCGGUGGUUGUUUUUGUAGACGGCAAAGGAACUUGACCAAACGAGGAUACCUAUUUGUUUGGAUGAUUAGAGUAUCUAUCUCUACAUAGGACCACGGUCUUUAAGUUCUUAAAUGAUGAUUGAUGGAUUGGAGGUAUUUGGCGUUCGCAGGAUUGAUAGAAAAAUCAACUUUAUUAAGACUUGGUGUAUAUAAACAAGAUGUUUAGCUGAAUCAUAGAGGACAAAACAAUGGAUUUCUUUGGCAAGUCAACUGAGCACUUAAAGAGACCAAGUAUGAAAGAUUGAGCUGCUUUGUACUUGUUUCAACUGGCUGAUGGAAGGCGUUGACUGCGAUAAGAUCAAGGAGGGUCUCAAAUAUCUUAAGGAAAAAAGUAUGCAAAGUGGUAGACCGAGUAUAACUUCAGGUAGGGAGCUUAAGGCAGUUAGGAUAAGAGUUGGGAAACGAAUCUACCACUGUAUGUAGGUGCAAAUCAUUGUUUAUGCAAGAGUGUUGCGAAAAAUCUUGCUGGUUUUGACCAAUGAUUUUAAUACUUAAUGUGUGAUAGUCAAGAAAAUUAAGUUUUGAGUAUGACGAUUUGUAAGUUAACUGCAGGUUAAAGAAGAGGAAACGUGUUGUUAGAAGAUGCAUUUGCAAGCAAAGGUCAUGGUAAAAGAUGAGACGCCAAGAAAGGUCACUUGGGCAUGACAGGAGAAGGCCACAGGUUAUUUUAAUUAAGGUUGUUGAAUAGACUCUGGUAUUUUAACUCGGGUAGUUUUGGAACAAGGUUACUCGUGUUCAUGAGGAAAUGGAAUCAGUCAAUAUGUCUACUGAUUAAAUCGUCAGUUGUUUGUAUUGAAAUUACCAUAUAUCAGAAAUUCAAGUUGUACAGACAAAAUCUUGAAGCAGAGCAUGUGUAGAAGAUGAGACUUGGCUUUCAUAUUCGCUAUUUUGACAUCGUAGUAUCGGUGUACUCAAUGGUAAAUUUUUCCACAGGAAACAUAACUGUUAAGAGAUAUGCAUGUUAAGAGAUAUGCAGAUGUUAUGCUCCAAGGAAGGAUCCACAAAAUAGCUUUCCAGAAGAAGCAAGCCCAGCCAAGGAGCCAUUGGAGUCACUUAUAUCUUUGGGUCACUAGACUAGUAAAGGUGUAUUGGAACCAUUAUUGCUUCCGGUUCGGUACUAGUUGGAAAACAAAUUCAUCACGUGCAGGUUCCAUGGUAUGUGUUGUGUGGUGGAGUCUCUCAUGGAGAUGGUAUUUGGUUUUUAUUACAAAUGAUUCGCAUAUUGCAUUGUUGUCAGUUUAUUUAAAAGCAUAUUCUAGUGACGUUGGAUUGAUACCAUGCACAAGGUCUGUCUUUGUUAUUCAUAAGGCAAAAGGGAGUGUAUGGUUAGAGGUGCGGUACCGCACGGGUGCACGGUGCCUCGCGGGAACACCUCUGGUACUGCACAGAACGGAAUGGUUAGCUAAUCAGGGUGGGCUGUACGGCUGUACCUCAAUGGGCCAUUGGCAUCUAUUUUCAGUGUUUUUCAUAGUUCUGUGCUGAUGAAAGUGCCUUCUACACUGCUUAAGAAAUAUAUAUUUUUCAUAGCAACAAUAAAAUGUCGGUUUGCCAACCAAGACAUGGAUACGAAACCUAACUGUGCAGCAACAUCUGGUUAGGCAUAUCAUGUACAAUCUCGGUCAUUUUUCUACCCUUGGUAUAUGGCGCUUGCAAACCCUGUCCGCUAUGUUGUUCAGUCAGUCAAAUCCAUCAACUGGUUUUGCUCGACUGGAUUUACAAUUCGAGGCAUUUAUAUUUCCUGUUGAUUGAGAAGUAAAGGUAGGUGGGGGUCAAUGACAAGGUAAAGUUAGUCUCUUUUGAAACAGGUUGUCUGACAUUUUGCAUAAGUAGGUUGAUAACUUCCUAUCAAAAUGUUGUAUUAAGUAUUAUAAAGUGUUUUAAUAUAGAUGUAUAAAUUAUUAGGUUUUUUUAAAA